GAGACACCUGAGGGCUGACUCUGAGUCCUCCCUGUGCUUGUGACCUGGCACAAGUUCUCUUGGUCCCUCUGAGGGGACAAGGACUUCAGUGGUGAAGUGGAAGGUGAAAAUCUCAACACAAGAAUUGGCAAAUAAUAACCAUUCGAGCCCCAGACCCAGGCGGCCCAACAAGCUGGAGGUGCCCCUCAGCAGGCAGCAAGACCUCAGCAAAAGGGCACCAGCCCCGCAGACAGCUGUGUGGCACCCCGGGCCGGGGUCCUGGUUGGAGGACAUACCUGUGCCCUGGCAGUGGCUCAGCAGCAGCUGCUCCAUGCAGAACUGAAGCUGGUCCUGCAGCAGAAGGGAGAGCAGAACCUGGGACCAGGAGUCGCCCAGCAAAGCCAUGGAGGCCAGGAGCCGGAGUGUGGAGGAGCUGCGGCGAGCAGAGUUGGUGGAGAUCAUCGUGGAAACGGAGGCGCACACCGGGGUCAGCGGGAUCAACGUAGCGGGCGGAGGCAAAGAAGGUAUCUUCGUGCGCGAGCUGCGCGAAGAUUCACCUGCCGCCAGGAGCCUGAGCCUGCAGGAAGGGGACCAGCUUCUGAGUGCACGCGUGUUCUUUGAGAACUUCAAGUACGAGGACGCACUACGUCUGCUGCAAUGCGCCGAGCCUUACAAGGUCUCCUUCUGCCUGAAGCGCACGGUGCCCACCGGGGACCUGGCGCUGCGGCCCGGGACCGUGGCUGGCUACGAGAUGAAGGGCCCUCGGGCCAAGGUGGCCAAGCUGAACAUCCAGAGUCUGUCCCCUGUGAAGAAGAAGAAGAUGGUGGUGCUGCCUGGGGCCCUGGGGGCCCCUGCAGACCUGGCCCCCGUUGACGUCGAGUUCUCCUUUCCCAAGUUCUCCCGCCUGCGUCGGGGCCUCAAAGCCGAGGCAGUCAAGGGUCCUGGCCCAGCUGCCUCUGUCCACCGGCGCCUCCAGCUGCCCCGGUUGCGUGUGCGAGAAGUGGCUGAAGAGCCCCAGACAGAGAGGCUGGCUGCUGCCGCGCCUCCCCCCAGAAAGGCCAAAGCAGAGGCUGAGGUGGUGGCAGGAGCUCGGUUUACAACCCCUCAGGUGGAGCUGGUUGGGCCCCGGCUGCCAGGUGCUGAGGCAGGUGUCCCUCAGGUGUCAGCCCCCAAGGUGGCCCCUUCUGUGGAGAUGCCCAGUGGCUUUGACCUCCGUCUGCCGACUCUUGGGUUAGGAGCCCUGGCAGCACCUGCUGUGGAGCCCCCACCAACAGGGAUCCAGGUCCCCCAAGUGGAGCUGCCCACCUUGCCCUCGUUGCCCACGCUGCCCACGCUGCCUUGCCUGGAGACCCGGGAGGGGGCUGCCGUGGUGACGGUGCCCACCCUGGAUGUGGCAGCACCCACUGUAGGGGUGGAUCUGGCCUUGCCGGGCAAGGAGGUAGAGGCCCCAGGAGAGGUUCCUGAGGUGGCCCUGAAGAUGCCUCACCUCAGCUUCCCCCGCUUUGGGGCCCGAGGGAAGGAAGUUGCUGCCACCAAGGUGACCAAGGGCAGCCCUGAGGCCAGGAUGAAGGGUCCCAGACUUCGAAUGCCCACCUUUGGGCUUUCUCUCCUGGAGCCCCGGCCCUCUGCCCCUGAAGUUCCUGAGAGCAGGCUGAAGCUGCCCACCAUCAAGAUGCCCUCCUUUGGCAUUGGAGCUGUGGGGCCUGAGGUCAAGGUGCCCAAAGGGCCUGAAGUGAAGCUCCCGAAGGCCCCCGAGGUCAAGCUCCCAAAAGUGCCUGAGGCAGCCCUUCCAGAUGUGCACCUCCCAGAGGUGCAGCUCCCAAAGGUGCCUGAGAUGGCUGUGCCAGAAGUGCGGCUCCCAGACGUGCAGCUGCCCAAAGUCCCAGAGGUGAAAGUCCCUGAGAUGACGCUUCCGAAGAUGCCUGAGAUGGCAGUGCCUGACAUGCACCUGCCAGAGGUGCAUCUGCCCAAAGUUCCAGAGAUGAAGCUCCCCGAGAUGAAACUGCCCGAGAUGAAGCUCCCGCAGGUUCCUGAAAUGGUUGUGCCUGACAUGCACCUGCCAGAGGUGCAGCUGCCCACAGUGUCAGAGAUGAAGCUCCCAAAGAUGCCGGAGAUGGCUGUGCCCGAGGUUCGGCUGCCAGAGGUGCAGCUGCCCAAAGUCUCGGAAAUGAAAUUUCCCAAGGUCCCGGAGAUGGCUGUGCCCGAGGUUCGGCUGCCAGAGGUGCAGCUGCCAAAGGUGUCAGAGAUGAAAGUCCCCGAUCUGAGACUCCCUGAAAUGAAGCUGCCAGAGAUAAAACUCCCUAAAGUACCCGAGAUGGCUGUGCCUGACGUGCACCUCCCGGAGGUGCAGCUGCCAAGAGUGUCAGAGGUUCGGCUGCCCGAAAUACAACUGCCAAAGGUCCCGGAUGUGCAUCUUCCCAAAGCACCGGAGGUGAAGCUGCUGGCAACUCCAGAGGUGCAGCUAAAAGCUGCUGUGGUAGAGCAGGCAGAGGGGACAGAAUUUGGCUUCAAGAUGCCCAAGAUGGCCAUGCCCAAGUUAGGAAGGGUAGGGUCUCCAGGCACACCAGGAAGGGCAGGCGGUGAAGUCUCAGUGAAGUCAGUGACGCUUCCCUGUCUGCAGCCAGGGGUGGGCGGUGAGGCUCCUGUGGGCGCCCCUUCCCUCUCUCUGCCCUCUGUGGAGCUUGACCUGCCGGGCGCCCUUGGCCUGGAGGGACAGGUCCGGGCGGCAGAAGCAGGCAAGGUGGAGUGGCCGGAGGGUCCUGGGGUGGAAGCUGGCAUUGGGGCAGCAGUGUUCCGAGUGCCUUCGGUUGAGAUCGUCACUCCACAGAUACCCACAGUGGAAGGAGAAGAAGGGCGGCUAGAGAUGGCAGAGAUGAAAGUCAAGACCUCCUCCAAAUUCUCCCUGCCAAAGUUUGGACUCUCGGGGCCAAAGGUGGCAAAGGCAGAGGCCGAGGGGGCUGGGCGGGCCACCAGGCUGAAAGUGUCCAAGUUUUCCAUCUCACUCCCCAAGGCUCGGGUGGGAACAGAAACUGAGGCCAAAGGGGCAGGGGAAGUGGGCCUGCUGCCCGCCCUUGAUCUGUCUAUCCCGCAGCUCAGCCUGGACGCCCAUCUGCCCUCGGGCAAAGUGGAGGUGGUAGGGCCUGAAGUUAGGCUCAAGGCGCCCAAGUUUGCUCUGCCAAAGUUUGGGGCCCGAGGCCGGGAAACUGAGGUAGAACCAGCGCUGGGGGCAGCUGAGUUGGGGGGCAAGGGCUGGGGCUGGGAUGGGAAAGUGAGGAUGCCCAAGCUGAAGAUGCCCUCUUUUGGGCUAGCCCGAGGGAAGGAAGCAGAAGUCCAGGGUGGGCGUGUUAGCCCUGGAGAGAAGCUAGAGUCCAUAGCUGGGCAGCUGAAGCUGCCCGAGGUGGAGUUAGUCACUAUGGUGGCCCAGGAGGAAGAGGGCAAGCAGGGGGUGGGGGCCACCGGUGGAGUGCAGCUCUCAGCCAUGCAAGCCACCGAGGGCCAUGAUGGCGUGCUGAAGAUGCCCCCACUGGGCAUCUCCCUGCCCCAGGUGGAGCUGACCAGCUUCGGGGGGAUGGGUGCCCCGGGACAGCAGGCUGAGAGCACAGUGCCUUCCGCAGAGGGCACUGCCAGCUGCAGGGUCCAGGUCCCUCAGGUGAGCUUGGCUCUGCCUGGAAGCCAGGCAGCAGGUGGUGAGCUGCUGGUGGGUGAAGGCGUCUUCAAGAUGCCCAGAGUGAACGUGCCCCAGCUUGAGCUGGAUGUGGGGCUGAGCCCCAAGGUGCAAGCGGAUGAGGUGGGUGAGGGUGGGCUGAGCCUCAAGUUGCCCACCCUGGGGGCGGGGGCCGGGGUAGAGAGGGCGGAGGACCUGUCCCCUGGGACUGAGCGCACUUUCCGCCUCUCGCUGCCUGACGUGGAGCUCUCGCCACCCGCUGUGGGCAGCCACGCCGAGUACCAGGUGGCGGAGGACAAUGGGGAGGCCGCACACAAGCUCAAGGUGCGGCUACCGAGGUUUGGCUUGGUGCGGGCCAAGGACGGGGUUGAAGAAGGUGAGAAGGCCAAGAGCCCGAAGCUCAGGCUGCCCCGAGUGGGCUUCGGCCAAAAUGAGUCUGUCCCUGGAGAAGGCUCCCCCAGCCCCGAGGAGGAGGAGGAGGAAGAGGGCGCUGGGGAAGGGGCCUCAGGACGCCGGGGCCAUGUUAGGGUCCGCUUGCCCCGUGUGGGCCUGGCAGCCCCUUCUAAGGCCUCUCGGGGACAGGGGGGUGAGGUAUCCCCCAAAUCUCCUGUUGGCGAGAAGUCACCCAAGUUCCGCUUCCCCAGGGUGAGCCUAAGCCCUAAGGCCCGGAGUGGGGACCAAGAAGAGGGUGGGUUCAGAGUUCGGCUGCCCAGUGUGGGGUUUUCAGAGACAGGGGCUUCAGGCCCUACCAGGAUAGAAGGGGCUCAGGCAGCUGCCGUCUGAAGGCCUGGGCACGUGGAGACUCCUCUCCUGCACCUCCCCGUCCCUCAUCCCCUGUCCCCAUUUUAUGUGUGUGAGAUUAUGAGCACUAACCCUCAGGGCUGGGAGUUGAGAAGCUGACCAGGGCAGGGGCAGGAGGCCUGCCUUGCUUAUCGGCAGGAGUGCCUAUACCGUGCCAAGCCAUGUGAAUAAAUAAUCCAGAGGUAGCCGCGUGUCCCAUUUUCUGUGCUCCAGUGAGUGUGUGUGUGUGUGUGUGUGUGUGUGUGUGCCUGUGUGUGUAUUGGGGGAGUGGAGAGGAAGGUAUCCUCGAAGAGCAGGUUCUAGGGCGUCACCUGAGCCUGUGCUGAGGAGGGGGGCACUGAUAUGAAGGGAGAAACAGGUUCCUGGUCUGAGAAGAGGGCAGGGUGAGUGGCCUUGGGAUGGACUUUGGUGGGAGGGAUCCGGCCUGGCCUUUCAAAUUCCCAGAGGUCGUUGAGGAGGACUGGGCGGGGGGUUCCCCAGCACAGCACAGCAGUGGACUCCUCUCCGGGACCCACUCUCCCCAGGGCCCCUGCAGCUCCAGCCCUUGCCAGGGCUCCUGUGUACCUCCUGCCUUUCCUUUCCUGUCUGGCUGGUUCCACAGCCUCAUCUAUCCCGGCCCCACCCAGGAAAGGCUUCCUAGUUCCUUCUUGGGAGUCGCAGGUCAGAAACUCUUGGCUGCCUCUUAGGACUCCGUCUCAGGGUCCUCAACUCCUGGGGACCACGGGUCAUGCGUCCCCUUCCGAGUCUCUAAGCCUGCACCACCAAGACCUCUGCAUUCCGCCAUGUCUCAGCAACACAAGAAGAUAGCCUGUCUGCUACGAGUGGCGGUGCACGCCUGUAAUCGCACUUGGGAGGCUGAAGCAGAAGGAUCGCCACGAGUUC